AUGGCUGCAAUCGACAUCGCAGGCGACCGCUAUCACCAUAAUGUCCUUGCUCUGGAUCACACUGACCGCGGCGCCAACAGCAACCACGCCUCGGCGUCAAAGCUGCUUCUGAACCAGGGUCGGAAUGGGUUCGAAUCCCGUCCGUCGCAGUCGGGCCGACGACGUGUUCAUGAUGAGGAGUCGAGGUCGAAGACUAGGUUCGGCAGCACAGAUCGGAAUCGUCCCAAGGACAUCAUGAUAAUGGCUGUUGAUGGAGAUAUGGACGAUGUCUACGAGUACUACGCUUCUGUGCCUGGUGUUAACGACGCCACAAUAGAAACAUAUGGGUAUCAUAGCACGAAUGCACCUGCUAUGGUCCCAUCCACCCCCGCCACCCCAUCUGGAUUCGACUUCCCUCUGCCCCCAGCCUUCUCUAUUGAACAACACCACGAUCUCCUGUCCCUUAACAACAGCAUUUACAGCUGCACCAAAAUACCCUCCUCUCCUCUUUUGUCUUCUUCCCGCCAUCAAUCCUCUCCCAAACACCUCGACCAAUUCUCACAUCAACAAUACACCAUGGCGCUACGCCGAUCCCCCACCACCCUUGUUACACUCGCCCCCACCACCGAAUACACCCUCCCCUCACCUCUACUCGCCGGUGAUCGUGCCCAUAUGGGUCGCAACAGAAACAUACUUCCAACCUGUGCCAGCGAUGUCUCCGAGGUACCAUUCGACACCUUUGCUGAAGGGGAGAUCCUGGACACUGACAUGUCUGACACUGACGCCUGGGAUCAACGUUCAUCCUCCCAGCGCCACUACUCUGCCACGAACCUCCGCUUCGCAGGCGCCCGCUGUUCCUCCUCGACCCUUUACGACGAGACUCGUCCACCCUCUAGUCAGGGAUCAUGGUCGCAACACACCAAAGACACCUUCUGCAACAGCCGAGAGGCCAGCCCAGUCCUCUUCCACUCCAAAGCACCCUUUCAGCUGCCCCAGAAGGAGCAGACCACUAUGUGUACAGGCCAUCAAUCCAGCCAGCAGGCACAGCACAUCACAGGCGACAGCGACAGCGCCACCUCUUUUGCAGAUCGCCCCUCUUCCUGCUGGAAGACAGCAGCAGGACCAGCUGCGGGAACAGCGCGCUUAAAAAUAGAACCCUCCACUCCCGUCCCUCCUCCUUCAUCCUCCGCGGUCCUUCAUGGCAAGGAUAGCGGCGUCCUAAGCGCCAAGGGUUCAUCCUCACCGCUCCGCUCUACACCCACGACUCCUUUGACUCCGAUCCCUACAGAGUUGGACAAGCCCACGAGGAAUUUGAUGAUUUUUAACCAGAUCCCUCGUCAGUGGCCCUCCUCCCAAGAAACGUUACACCAGAACUACAAUACGUCUAUCAGCAAAAAGACACCAAUCGUCAAAGGGUUCGACACCGCGACUGCAGAGCGCAUCGACCGCGUCAUCAACAAGGACCGGCCGCUCAGCAGGGCUGCCAAAGAAAAGCUUGCAGCGGAACAAAAAGAAGCCGAACUGGAGGCAAGAGGGUUCUUUGACCCUGCUUGUCGCUGGAAGGGUCGGGAUGUAUACCCUCGUCCUGCAAAUUGGGUCUACUGCCGCCGAACGAAAAAUAACUGGCUGGAAAAGUCCAAGAUCCUUGCGGACCGAUACAAGCUGUUCAAGGGCCAGGUACUCGGCAAGGGUCAUCACGCAGAUGUCUACAAGGGCAUUGAUUUGACAACGGGCCAGGAUUUGGCCAUUAAGCUCAUCUACAAGACCAUAACCCGUCGUCUGGGAUUCGUGAACGAAGACCCCAUGCAGGAGGUCAAGAACAGGCGAUUGCUCAACGAGGCCUGGUUCAUCGACUACUUGAAGGAUACUCCCGGCAUCUCCAAGGUGCUUCGCGUGGUCGAGACUACAACAAAGUUUUACUUUGUGAUGGAACUCGCACAUUCGGACCUGAACUCGUACUCGAACGGCAUCAACAUGCGCGAGGAGGAGAUCCGUCAUAUUCUCAAACCAAUCUUUGAGUGCCUCAAGUACGCACACAGCCGCGACAUCACCCAUCGCGAUAUCAAGCCCGAAAACAUUCUUCUCAGGACACGAAAAGACUGGCUGCAAGGCAGUACCAUCCACAGCAGCGGUUUUGAAAGCCUUAGCCCUACCUUCCUCACCUCACAGGCCACUCAUUCGCAGCCCAUGCAUAUGACCGAUGACAAUUCCAGCAUGUUCAGCAAUACCUUCGUGAAUGAACCCUCGUACAUAGAAAUGGAUGCGGUAACGACCGAUGGUCGUUCGUCCAUGGACUCUGCAACACUGUACCACUAUGACCACAGAUUCGAUGCCACGCUGGCGGACUGGGGUCUGGCGGCCGAGCAUGACUGCAUUAGUGGCCGCAAGCCUGUGGGCACGCCCUUGUAUGCGGCGCCGGAGGUUGUGAGGAAGAUGAAGAGGAUCAGGAGGAAGGAGUGGAUUAAUUAUCGGGCGUGCGACAUCUGGAGCCUUGGAGUUACCAUGUUUGUUGUUGCCAGUGGUAUUUACCCAUAUCACACACAGGACGCCCUCGAGGCCCAGUCGCCACCCAACUGGGCCGCACUCGAGUCCUCGGGCAUGUCAAAAGAGUACAUUGCCCUCACGCAGAGGCUCAUGAACCUCACGGCCGAGCUCCGUCCCUCGGCUGAAGAGGCCUGCAACGAUCCGUGGUUGCAGGGUUAA